AUGGUGGAGAUCUCAGUCUGCUCAGCAGAUGGCAGUAAUUCACAGGUGUACACAGUGUUGGUGACUCGAGAGCAAAUUCCCAUGGCUGUGACCUUCACUGAUGGGAAGCAGCAGCUGGACUAUGAAUGUCCAGUAUCUCUGACUGCUUUUUAUAGACCUGUAUCUAUUGACCACAGUGACCCAAAACACAUCUUCUCAAGGCCGUAUAUCGAGAUGCUGGCCCACAGAUCAAAAGUCGACCCACUUAGCGAUUGUCCUCUGGGAGACGGCUGGAAGGUUGUUGAACUGGACCUUGACAGGAAGAUGUCGGCCUUUCUGGUCAAGUGUUUCUUCACUUACAGAGGAUGUGACAGUGUGAUGAAGCUAUCGGAGCUGGGGUCACACUCUCUGGACUGUCCACACAAGCCCACGGGGGACCUGGAUGCAAAGGAUGUCACAGAGACUGAUUGGUAUAAGAAGCACUUUGCAUCAUCCAGUUGUUUGGAGAUAGAGACAGAGCACAGUGUGGAGGUGCGUAACUGGGAGAAAAGACUACAGAUGAAAGCAGGAGAAGACAACGUGGAUAAUCUGUGUGCCUUGGCCCAGGAUCAUCUGAAACUCUACCGGCAAAGCUUGCCAAAGCCAGGGGAUGUGUUGCAGUUUGAAGACGGCCAGUCUCCUCUGCACAGCCUGGAGCAGGCUGCCGUCCACUAUGCAUCAGCUAUCAGACUCAGCUCCAGAGAGGCCAGACUCCACUUCCUUCUGGGUCUCGUUCUGGAGGAGCAGCACUACGCUACAGAGAUAUACGGCCUCCAGAGGAAGGCUGAUAGAGACAGAGAUGAACUAAGCGAUGCCAAAUCGACAGCACGUCAGGAUGACAUCCUGGCUGUGUGCAAGCUCCACGGUUUCCUUGGCACACCCACGGUGGAAAACCAGCUGCAGGCCUUGGAUAAAGAGUAUCAGCAGCUCAAAGAGCAGGGACAGUCCAGUAAGGCAGACUACGUUCAGACACUCUACAUCUGGCUCUCCAAGAAAUAUUGCAAGGACAGCAGUGCAGCUGUGCAGAAUGAAGAGAGCUGUGUCCACCGGGCCCUAAUGAAGUACCUGGAUGCCUGGUCUCUGAGUCCUGACAGCUGGGAGUACAGCCUCCAUGUUGGAAGGCUUCUGCUGCUGCAGGGGAGGAGCAGGGAAGCCCUGCAGCACCUCCAGAGUGGCCUGGCACUGCGCCCGCUACAUCCUGCACUCAGAUUCUUCACAGGGCUGGCUCUGCUGCAGCAGGAGCACAAAGCCUCUGAGGACACAGAGAAGGAGGCUGCUCUGUUCUUACAACAGGGACUGGAGCACUUUGUCAGCCAGUGCUGCAGCAAGAGCUGGGUGGAGCAGGAUCCAUCAGACCCUCUGUCCGGCCUCAGCACACAGUUCCUGCGAGGCCUCCUCACUCUGGGCCAGCUGCAGCAGAGAAACUUACUGUCUGGAAAGGCCAUGAGUGCAGAGCAGGUCUUUCACAUUGUAGCGGCGCUGACAGCCCAGAGUGUGAGUCAGUGUGUGUGUCGUGGCGAGGUGAGGGGGCAGCUGGAGUGGGUGCUUCUGGAUGCUCACUUUGCUCUGCUGCAGAGGGUGAUCCAACAGGGUGAGUGCCACGCCAAGCCUGGCACUGAGAGGCAGUCCCUGGUGGCAAAGAGAUGCCAGGCCCUCACAGCUCUCAUACGGCUCACCUCUAUCGCCCCCUGUCAGGAGCUGCUGGACAUGCAGGAGAGGGUAUGCCAGCUAGCAGUGGUGACCACACCGUGGGACAGCCACGCCCUGUGUCUCCUGGGUCUGGCACAGCUGGCUCAAUAUGACAACAACCCAAAUUCAGACAGCUCAAAGGAAGCCAUAAGUGAUGCCUGCCUCAGCCUCCAGGCUAGCAUCGAGCUGGAACACAAGACUCAGAGCGGAGAGCCUCUUGAACAGCUGAGCAAACAAAAGUGGUGGCAGGACCGGCAGGAGGCUGAAAACGAGAAAGCUGCCAAGCAGUCCAUCACUCAGCCAGCAGGAGUGAAGGGGCCCUCUGACACCAGCGUGGCCAAGAGAGGAGCUAAGCGGGGCAAGGGAGGACCUGGUCAAGGGCGGCUGGCAGCAGCUGUAACCAAAGCUCCUGCUCCUGCCCAUCCAGCCCCCAGCAGGGGAGGAAAAGCUGCACAGCCUCCAGCCAAAACCCCUGCAGCCAGGGGGAGAGCUGGAGCAACAGCUAAGCCAGACAGAUCAGCUAAACCUUCCAACAAUGCAACUAGACCCCAGCUCACCUCCAACAAGUCUAAACAGGAGUGUUGCCCCGCUACUGUGGAGACAGCAGAGGUUAUUGUUGUUUCAGAGCCUGCUGUGGCGGGCAGAGCGAGCACAGCGAGUCCCGUGAACCGCAGGUCUCAUAUCUCAAGGCUGGGUCUGGCCCGCGCCCUCUCCCGCUCUGCAGACACCCAGGAGCAGGCAAAGCAGCUCUACCAGGAGGUCAUCUGCAUGGCACCAGGGGUCCAUGAUGCCUACAUUGAGCUUGUGCAACUGCUGGAGCCAUCAGACCCUCAGGCUGCAGUGGAGGUGUACUGCAGGUUCCCUCUGAAGCCCGUAUCCGAGCAGAGCUUCGAUGACGCCUUCAUCACCGGAGAGAUUGUCCGCUUGCUGAUGACUCUGGAGCAGUAUGACCACCCGCAGCUGGGCCCCAGCCUCGUAGCAUACGGCAAAGUCAUGGGCCUAAGUUGUAUAGAGAAAUACAUCGACAUCUUGGAUGGGAAGUCCAUGACCACGCUGCUGCGUAGCGUCUACGCGAGGAUCCAUGACAGACAGGAGGACGAUCAGGAGCUACAGGACUUCUUUAAGUUCAAAUGCUGGAUAUAAUCAUGCGUGUAACCCUUUAACAAAUACAUGUAUUCAUCUUUCUGAAUCUUUAGGUGAG